CAAAAAGAGACAAGAGUAUAGCGUAGCGAAGGGAAAGGGAACGAAGUUGCAGUGCGGCAUUAGUUCAAGUUAAAAGAACAGGUCUUAUGUGUUGGUAGCUUACGUUUUUACAACAACUGUUGUUGGUGUUACCGAAAGCUGUUACCUUGGCUGACGUCGUUUCAACGAAGGACGAUCGUUAUUCAGGAUUAAGGAUUUACUGAGAAGGGGAAAAGAGAUCUAAAUGCCAGCUAACCCCGCUGGCUAUUGAGGCCGAGCGACACAACGAGCGAUUCAUAAAGUUACAGAAUCGGCCUGCAGAGAGCGAAGCUUGAUUUUUCGUGGUGGCGCGGCCGACGCGGGAUCGACGAGAACCAAUGAAAAUCGAUGCGACGGGCCAAUCGACGAGCCAGGGGUCGCAAUAUGUUUCCCGGCGGGACGUGAAAGGAAGGCGCUACUAAUUGCGGUCGGUUUCACCUUUCAUCAGCAGGGGCCAACGAGCCCUAUCAGACGGCGACAACUACUAAUACUACGACAACGGUGACGACGAGGAGGAGGAGAGCGACGGCGGCAGCGGCGGCGGCGGCGAUGAUUAUUAUGGCGACGUAAGCGAAAUGCUCGACGAGGAGAUUUGUCUCUCAACUCGUUUGCGAAACGUUUUUUUUUCUCUCGACAUGUUGUCGAACGCGACGAGAUGUUCGGGACGCGAUUGUUUACAUACGAUUCGCGAGUGUGCUCCCGAAGUGUCGAAGUUUAUCGUACUUCUCGUUAAAUCGUCAAAUGAUCGCGGUCGCGAGUGCAGUAAAGUGAAAUGAGUGAUCGACGCGGGACGUCGACUGGAUUAUACGUAGAGGCUGGAUGUUGAGGACUUGGACGGCUAGACGUCGUGGGACAUCAACGCGAAAUGCCAAAGUACAAGAUGCGUAGUAGAAGUAACUCUGGAGUCCGUUUGGACUAUUACCAACGAAUUGUUCAUAAAAUAAUUAUGAAUCAUCAGAAUCCUGUGACAGGACUCUUUCCUGCCAGUCCUAACAAUGAUCAUGCUUGGAUACGUGACAAUAUUUAUUGUAUACUUGCUGUAUGGGGUUUGUCAAUGGCAUACAAAAAGAUAGCUGAUGCUGACGAGGACAGAGCCAAGACUUAUGAACUUGAGCAGAGUUGCGUUAAGCUGAUGAGAGGUCUACUGAUGGCAAUGAUGCAACAAAAGGAUAAAGUAGAAAAGUUCAAGUCUAGUCAAAAUCCACACGAUGCCUUGCAUGCAAAGUAUAGUUCUGUCAAUUGUCAAACUGUAGUUGGAGACACUGAAUGGGGACAUCUUCAAAUUGAUGCCAUUUCUCUAUACCUUCUAAUUCUGGCUCAGAUGACAGCUUCUGGCUUACAAAUCAUUUUCAAUUUGGAUGAGGUGGCCUUUAUUCAAAACUUAGUAUUUUACAUCGAAUCUGCUUAUUGUACUCCAGACUAUGGGAUUUGGGAACGAGGGGAUAAGACAAAUCAUGGCUUGCCAGAGUUAAAUGCGAGCAGUAUCGGAAUGGCAAAGGCCGCGAUGGAGGCAAUGAACGAAUUGGAUCUGUUUGGUGCGAGAGGCGGACCCACGUCGGUCAUUCAUGUUUUGGGCGACGAAGCACAGAAAUGUCAAGCAGUGCUGCAAUCCAUGCUACCCAGGGAAUCGAACUCUAAGGAGUUGGAUAGCGGGUUGUUGUCCAUCAUAAGUUUUCCUGCGUUUGCAGUGGAUGAGCCUAACUUAAUUCAUUUGACUAGGGAUGCUAUUAUCAAAAAAUUGCAAGGUCGAUACGGAUGUAAAAGGUUUUUGAGAGAUGGAUACAGAACGCCAAAGGAAGACUUGAACAGACUGUACUACGAGCCUUGGGAACUUCGCAUGUUCGAGAACAUCGAAUGCGAAUGGCCACUAUUUUUUUGUUACUUGAUACUGGAUUACUGCUUCCAAGGUAAUAAAGAAGCGGCCGUAGUAUAUACGAAGCAGCUGGAAGAAGUAAUGAUUAAAACAGAGGAUGGUAUGAAAUUAGUUCCUGAAUUAUAUGCCGUUGCACCUGAAGACGUGUCGGCGGAAUAUGCCGAACCCGGUAGUCAAAGCCGAGUAGCCUUUGGUAGAUGUCCAUUUAUGUGGGCGCAAUCUCUCUACAUCCUGGGAAAAUUGUUGCAAGAGGGAUUUCUCGCUGUCGGCGAGUUAGACCCAUUAAAUAGGCGAUUAUGCAGUGAGAAAAAGCCAGAUGUAGUGGUGCAAGUGGUUAUUUUAGCAGAAGAUACGGAAAUCCGAGAGAAAGUGGCACAGCAUGAUAUACACGUGCAAACGAUCGCGGAAGUCGCACCGAUAGAAGUGCAGCCCGCGAAAGUUCUUAGUAAUCUCUAUACAUAUUUAGGACGCAAUAAGAAACUGGGUUUGUCCGGGCGUAAGUCGAGAGAUGUGGGAAUUCUCAGCACUAGUAAAUUGUAUUCCUUGCAAGACAAGAUAUUUGCGUUUACACCGCAGAACUUUGACACGGAGGAAUACUACACGACAAAUGACGCUGCCCUGCUUGUCAACACUUUCACAACCAACUUGGCCUUCCUUACAAUCAACUGGAAGCAAAUGCUCGGCAGGCCAACCAUAACACUUGUCGCUACUCAUAAUCAUCUAGAUCAAGGUAAGAUACCCUUAGCCAUGAUAACCACUAUGAAGAAGCUCAAGAGCGGCUACAUCAAUGGCACUAGAGUGUCGUUAGGAAAUUUGAACGAUUUCUUGAGUACCUCGUGCAUUACGAAUCUUAGCUUCCUAGGAAGUUCCGAAGACGGCCGUCCUGACAAGCUGAAUCCUCAGGUUCAUCAGUAUUUAGAAGAACAUCUGAUGCGUUCGUUCCCUCAUCGUACAGGACUUCUCAACAAACAAGGACCGACUCGUACAGGGAAAAACGUGCGACGCAGGAUGUCCGUGAAAGGCGCGAUAAAGAAAACCCGAUCUAUAGCCGUCGAACCUGAUAUUCUUGGUAUGGCAGGAGAAGACCGUAGACCAUCUUUAAUCACAAAUCCAUUUAUUGAAGUGACGGACACCACUUUGUCUCCCAGCGCUACUCAACCGAUGACAAUUGACCGCACACCAUCGCCGACGGAAGAACUCUUGCCAUGGAAAAACUCUCCCAAAGUAUCUAGACAUAGAACAGUAUCCGAAACUCAGUACGCCGAGACAGAGGUGGAAGAGUUACUGUCUAUGCUACGUGAAACGGAAAGUCUCGAGGAGCAAGGAGACAUACUGCAAUAUCUUGUGGAUUCGAAAGGACUAUAUUUUAACACGGGUGUACUUGAGGAAGGACAUCCCGUUCUGGUGAAAGAUUUGUUAAAGAGUCUCUACGAAAAGGCUUGUCAGCAGAAAAUGUGGGGUAUCGUACGACACAGCGCCGGUAUGUUGGGUAAACGAGUGGAGGAUUUGGCGAAAGCUGUUACCGAUCUGCUGGUGCGCCAGAAGCAAGUGACCGUCGGCAUGCCGCCGACCAAUGAGCAUACAAUAGUUGCGCCUUUGCCGGAGAAUGAGUUGCGAGCUUUGAUCCAUCAGGCAUACGGCGACGAUGAAUCGACUGCUAUGUUGACGCAGGAGUUGCUCGUCUAUUUGGCGAUGUUCAUCAGAACGGAACCGCAGCUAUUUCACGAGAUGCUGAGGUUACGGGUCGGUCUGAUCAUCCAAGUUAUGGCGACGGAAUUGUCACGAACGUUGAUCUGCACCGGCGAGGAAGCCUCUGAACAUUUGUUAAAUCUGUCUCCAUUCGAGAUGAAGAAUUUAUUGCAUCAUAUCAUGAGUGGAAAGGAAUUUGCCAUUAGCAGUGUUGGCCGUGGUAACUUCUCUGUCAUCAGCUGCAAAUCGAGCAAACUUAGUAAGCACACAGACUGUAUGGAAAAUACCGAAAAAUCUCAGAUUGGCGGUUUCUUAAGCGCUGAUCAAACUGACGGCGCUGAGGCGGAAGUCGAUCGACAAGGCCAGUGGUUACGAAGACGACGACUGGAUGGCGCAUUAAACAGAGUACCAAGAGAUUUUUACCCACGUGUGUGGCAAGUACUUGAAAGGUGUCAAGGUUUAGCAAUCGAGGGAAGGGUAUUGCCUCAGAAUCUCACGCAGGAAAUGACAUCAGGUGAACUGAAGUUUGCGCUAGCCGUAGAAACAGUUUUGAAUACUAUACCACAGCCGGAAUACCGUCAACUUGUUGUCGAAGCUCUAAUGGUAUUGACGUUGGUUACUGAGCACAACAUUGUAGCAUCUUUGGGUGGUCUGAUUGCAGUGGAACAUUUAGUACAUAAAGCAAAUGCUAUUUUCUUGGAAGAUCAGAUGAUUGUCGAGGGUGAUGCAACAUUAUGUUGCGCGAAACCGAAAGAACAACGUGAAACGACAGCCAUGGGAACGUUAUUAUGCGGUGGAGCGGCGUACGUUUGCCAACAUUUUUAUGAUAGUGCACCCAGUGGAAGUUAUGGAACGAUGACGUAUAUUACAAGGGCCGUUGCCUCGAUGCUGCCCUGCCUGCCAAAGGAUGCUGACUUGGAGUGCUCCAUAUCGUAGUAACUUUAGUGAGGAAUGAUUUUCACAAUUAUAACUACAACAUAAAGAUUUCGGCGUUGAAGUAAUGCUCAUUAUAUGUAGUGAUGAAAAUUAUGUUUGCGGAAUUUCUUGUAUAAAAUAACUUGUGAUUUUGUAACCAGGCACUUCCAAUCGAGAAAUAUAAACAAAUGUAAAUUCCAAUUUUAAAUUAUAAACAUUGUAUUGUAAUGUUGAGAUAUAUUAAAAACUUUGUUAUCACAUCUCUUGCUCUUGUAUAUUAAAAAAAAAGGUAAGAUGCAAGAAAUGAUGAUCUAUAUAAGAAUACA